AUGUCAGCGCAUGCAAAGGCCCCCGAUGCAGUCAGUGCAGGAGAGUUGGAGCGCUUCUUCCAGUUCUUGCAAUGCCAGCUUCGCAUGGAGGCUGACCACUGCAUGGGACGAGCACUGGAGCUGCAGGACCAGGCCCGCGUGAUAUGGCCCCAUUUCGAGGCAUGGGCACGGCCAAACCUCGGUAAGAAGGAGAAAUGGAUGCCCUUUCAUACCGUUCUGGGUGCCCAUGAACUGUUUAUCGUGGAGAACAUCCAUCACAAUCCAGAGCUGCAGUGGGAUGAGAAGUGCCGAUUCUUGGCUAUGUUCGUGUUCAGGGCGCACUGCCGUGGCACGAUCUUCCGAGAAGCUCAGCUACCACAUAUGCGACGGCACGAAUUCUGGAAAGACCCUCAGUCCUACUUCCAGCAAAGUGGCAAGAUUACUCGUAGCAUGCUCUCCUACCGUAAGAAGACUGGGCAGCCAUUGCAGACUUCCGCCUUCCUCGCCAUCCCGGAACGUCUCUGCCAGGACGAUGAUGAAAACCUGGCCCAGAAUGUGGCCCAGAGGACACGGACUUUGCUGGAGGUUGCAGAACAGCUGUGGCCCAUCCUGCGAGACCAUAGUCUGUCAAGCCUCGAGAAGUUUGAGCAGAUUUCACGAGCGAUCCAAGCUGGAUAUCGCUUAGGCGAAACUUGGGCAAAGAUGCUAAUGGUAAGCAUCGAUAUUGCAUACCCCAAGGAGCAGUUGCUGACAAAUAAUUGUGAUGUCGGAGUGGGAGCACUGAAGGCACUCCAACGACUCUUUAACGGCAACUGCCCACUGGACCUGCGCUGCGCGCUCCGAAGAGCCACGCGCGCAGCGAACGAGUCGCAAGGGCGAGCAGCCCUAGACUUUUGGAGACUGCUGAGCCAGGUGGAAGCGAUGGCGAAGAAACACUUCGCAAAGCUGCCGCUUGUGCUGCAGCAGGUGUCCUCCCAGAUCACUCAACUCAGUGUCGUUACAAUGCAAGUGCAGCUUUGUGAAUGGCGGCAGUUUAUGGACCACCUCGCGAAGACGGGCGCCGCUGUGCUCAGCAACGGCUUGAUGGCUCCCGAGGACCAAGAUCAUGAGGAGGAGGGGGCACCUGCUGGAUCUGCAGAGAAGUACCGCCGUGUCAUGGGCAAGCGUCAACAAACAACCGUCCCCCAAACGGAUGCUAGGAUUAUCCGGAUUCGCAGCACUGGCCAGCCCUGCAAGAGUCCGCCUCGUGCGGCUUUGAGCGAUUCAGAGGACGACAGGCCACUGCUGGCUUUGGGGGAGGCAUCCAGGAUAGCCGCUAAAGCGAAGCAGGAAACUCCGCUACCAGCACUAGGGAUGCACGAGGCCGCAUAUAUCCAACAGGAGCGACAAUCGCUACGGAAAGAGACUAUCAGAAAAGAUCAGGCAGUGAAGCUGCUUCAGACAGCCCAGAAAGAGGUGGAAAGCGCAAAUGCGAUGCACCAGCUCUUGAUGGCGCAGGUCAGGGAAGCAAUGUGUCGAAGGAGCGCUUGCCAGGAGGCUUUGAACAAGGCAGAACUGGAAGUGACGGAACACUGCGAGCUUAUUCAACAGUCGCAGUGGGAUUUAGACUGCUCGAGGGAGACCCUUAUACAGCUGGGAGACAACUUUGCAUCGACCGACGGGCAGGGUCAUCUCCUCGAUGCAAAAAAGGCGGGUGGGGACAUGCCAGCCUUGGCAGAACGUCUCUCAGUGGCUUCAUCUGCACGGCAGGCCAGAAUGGAAGAUUUGUUCACUGCCGUCCAGGAGGAAUGUGAGGCUUUGCAUGCCACCUUAGAACAGCUUCAAGAAAGACACGCGGAGCUGACGAAGAAAAGUGAUAUGGCAAUGUCAGAGCUCCGCGAAGCAAAAGAUGAAGUCACUCAGAAGAUGAAGGCCCUCGACGCUGCAAAGCAGACCUGCAUUGAGGCAAGAAAUGUUUUGGUACGACGACGUGUCGAAUGCCUGACGAUAGAAGGACAAGUCGUCCUCUUGCAGAAGCUGGUCGCCGGGUAG